AUGAUGACUACAUCAAUAUUGACAACGACAAACACAAUCAUCAAAAUCCCUUUAAAGUGCAACGCAACACAAACAUGUCCUUCAACUUAUCCAAGCAGAUUGGAACCAAUGAUCUCUUCCUUGGAAACUUGUCCUGACUACUUCAGAUGGAUCCAACAAGACCUAAAAGUAUGGGAAGAGACAGGGAUCACAAGGGAAACACUAGAGAGAGCAAAACCAAAGGCUCAUUUCAGGCUAGUGAUAAAGUCAGGGAGAUUGUACGUUCAUCAGUACGACAAGGCUUAUGAGUCAAGAGAUGUGCUCACAAUCUGGGGGAUACUUCAACUUUUAAGAAUGUAUCCUGGUCAAGUCCCUGAUCUUGAGCUUCUCUUCUUCUGUCAUGAUAUACCAGCUAUUUGGAAACGAGACUUUAGGCAACCGGAACCAAAUGCCACGUGGCCUCCUCCGCCGUUGUUUCAGUACUGUGGUCACCGUGAAGCCUACGGCAUCGUUUUCCCUGAUUGGAGCUUCUGGGGCUGGCCGGAGGUGAAUAUAAAGGAGUGGACAAAAUUAUCUGUGGCGAUUAGAGAAGCCAACAAAAGGGUUAAAUGGAACGAUAGAGUUCCAUAUGCUUACUGGAAAGGGAACUCUGGGGUUCAUCGCGAAAGAGGAAACCUUAUGAAAUGUAACUUCUCCGAUAAGUAUGAUCCCAUGGUUCGUCUCUAUGAGCAGGAUUGGGGGAAGGAGAGGGAGAUAGGGUUUAAAAGUUCAAACCUAGAAGACCAAUGCACCCAUAGGUACAAGAUCUACAUAGAAGGUCGAGCAUGGUCGGUGAGCAAAAAAUACAUACUAGCAUGCGACAGUAUGACUCUACUGAUCAAAGCCGAGUACUUCGAUUUCUUCGGAAGAAGUUUGGUUCCGUUAGAACAUUACUGGCCCAUUAAAUCUCACGAGAAAUGUGGUGAUCUCAAGUUCGCCGUGGAAUGGGGUAACAACAACACUAAGAAGGCGCAAGUUAUAGGGAGACAGGGAAGUGAUUACAUUAUGAAGAACCUAGAGAUGAAGUAUGUGUAUGAUUACAUGUUGUAUGUGUUGCAAGGGUACGGGAAACUAAUGAAGUUGGAUGUGACUGUGCCUGAAAAUGCAACCGAAGUGUGUUCGGAGACGAUGGCUUGUCCGAUCACUGACGGUGGCCUGAUCAGGCAGUGCAUGGACGACUCAUUGGUUAUGUCUCCAAGCGUUAAAUCGGCUUGUGAUUUGCCGCGGCCUUAUAGAGAUGAUGAGCUGAAGAGGUUUCUUGAGAAACAAGAAAGUGCGGAGAGAAAGGUUGAGAAGUGGACCAAUGAGUAUUGGGAGGCCCAAAACAAGACAUUUCAACAAAGAAAGUAAGUACAAUUCACCCGGGAGUAAUGCAAGUGGUAUAACAAUAUUAAAUGUUUAAAACUUUAUGUCAGUCGUCAUAUAAGCACCAACUUUGUUUGUUUUUUUAACAAAUGAAUAUGAUAUCAUUAAUUCUUUUCUGUU